UAUUCACCAAUAUUUUGUAGUUAGAGUUUCUCAUUUAUUUAUUUUUAUCAACAUGGCCAACGAAAACACUCUCCCUCUCUAUGAUAAAAUUUGGCUUAAGCACACAUUUUCAAGAGUGAUGGAUUCUUUGACUUUGCUCUUCCUUCUCUUACUUCUUGGUUACCGUGUUUUCUCCUAUAACAACACCACCUUCCCUUGGUUCGUUGCUUUCCUAUGCGAGUCAUGGUUCACCUUCACUUGGGUUCUCACUAUUAGCACCAAAUGGACUCCUGCACACACCAAAACCUACUUAGACCGUCUUUUGCUUCGGGUACAUGAGCUUCCACCAGUGGACCUGUUUGUGACAACAGCAGAUCCAGUGCUUGAAUCACCAAUCAUCACAGUGAACACUGUGCUUUCUCUGUUGGCGCUUGAUUAUCCAGCUAAUAAGCUAGCUUGCUAUGUUUCUGAUGAUAGUUGCUCUCCUCUUAUCUUCUAUGCUCUUCUGGAAGCCUCUGAAUUUGCAAAACUUUGGGUACCUUUUUGUAAGAAGCAUAACAUACAGGUUAGAGCGCCCUUUAGAUAUUUCUCUGAUGAGACCAAGGCCAACAACAAUGAAGACCUACCAGAAUUUAAACAAGAAUGGUUAAUAAUGAAGGAUAAGUAUGGACAGCUUAGCCGUAAUAUUCAAAAUGCAGCCCAAAAUUCGAUUCCACUUGUCGGAGAGUUUGCUAUUUUCUCAAAUACACAGCUUAGAAAUCAUCCCACUAUAAUUAAGGUAUUAUGGGAGAACAAGGAAGGUCUUUCAGAUGGGUUGCCGCACUUAAUCUAUAUAUCUAGAGAGAAGAGGCCCCAACAUCCUCAUCAUUACAAAGCUGGUGCUAUGAAUGUCUUGACAAGAGUCUCCGGGUUGAUGACAAAUGCUCCGUUUAUCCUGAACGUAGAUUGUGACAUGUAUGUUAACAAUCCAAAUAUUGUACAACACGCCAUGUGCAUCUUGUUAGAUUCAAAGGGUGAAAAAGAAGUUGCAUUUGCUCAAUGUCCCCAGCAAUUCUACGAUGGAAUAAAAGAUGAUCCUUUCGGAAAUCAGCUCGUGGCUUUAUUUGUGUACAUGGGAGGCGGAUUAGCAGGACUUCAAGGGGUUUUAUACGUAGGAACAAAUUGCGUCCACAGAAGAAAAGUUAUUUACGGUCUUUCUCCUGAUCAAGACAUUCAAAUUGGGAAAAAGGAUCUUGGUGUCACCUAUGGUACUUUAGAUUCAUUAUAUUCUCAUGAUUUCAAGCUUUUUGAAGAAAAUGAGAGAGUAUUUGGAACUUCAAAGGAGUUUGUCGAAUCGGCUGGCUAUGCUUUGAAAGGAAAGACAUUUACUCCAAAUGAUAAUCUUUGCAACUCUCUUGAGGCAGCAAGCGAAAUUACUAGUUGUGGAUACGAAUACGGCACUGCCUGGGGUAAACAGGUGGGCUGGAUAUAUGGAUCAACAUCAGAGGAUGUACUUACUGGGCUGAAAAUUCAUACAAAAGGUUGGAGAUCUGAAGUUUGUUCACCAGAAUUGAUGGCCUUUAUGGGUUGCUCACCUCAAGAUAACAUAGGUCACAUGGGCCAACAGAAGAGGUGGGCCUCAGGCAUGCUUGAUAUCCUCCUUAGCAAUCACUCUCCAAUUUUUGGCACACUUUAUGGCAAGCUUCAAUUCAGAAUGUGCUUGGGCUAUCUUUGGUUCUGUGCUUGGGCCUUACGAUCUGUCCCUGAAAUAUGCUAUGCCGCUCUCCCUCCCUAUUGCAUCAUUACCAACUCCACUUUCUUGCCUAAGGAACCCGACCUAUGGAUCCCAGCUACUUUGCUUGUGAUUUACAACAUAUCUACUAUAUAUGAGUAUUUGAAAACGGGGUUGUCAAUUAGGACAUGGUGGAAUAACCAAAGGAUGGCAAGAAUAACAGCCAUGAAUGCUUGGUUUUUUGGAUUUUUGGCAAUACUAAGUAAACGAUUGAGGAUAUCUGACACAGUCUUUGAAAUAACAAGGAAAGACCAGCCAUCUUCUGGUGAGGGUGCUAACGAAAACGCUGGUAGGUUCAUUUUCAAUGAGUCUCCAAUUUUUAUACCUGGCACAACUAUUUUGCUUGUUCAACUCACAGCAUUAGUUACCAGCUGGUUGGGAUGGCAACCACCGGUUAGAAAUGGGCAUGGAUCUGGAAUAGGGGAAGUUUUCUGCAGUGCAUAUUUGGUUAUAUGUUAUUUGCCAUUUUUGAAAGGGUUGUUUGGGAAAGGAAAGUAUGGGAUUCCCUUAUCCACAAUAUGCAAGUCAUCACUGCUGGCUUUCCUCUUUGUGCACUUUUGCAAAAGUACCAUUACGGGUUGAUCAUAUACAUUCAUGUGGUGGUCAUGAAUGUAUUCAACUACUCGGUUUCUUUGCAUUAUGCUUACAUUGUGCAAAUAAAGUUCGUGUAACAUGGAAGACAUCAAGUUUUUCUAACAAGGGGUGUUGAUUACUCUUAACCAACUCUCUCUUUGGAUUCUCUUAUUCAAACACCAUAGCAAAUAAGCUUAUUAAA